CCACUUUCAAUUUGAAGCUCAAGCAAUGCUCUCCAAGUUGUCCUCACUGCGCCGCGCUGGCGGCAAGACGCUGCAGCUUCUGGCUUUGCCCACAAGCAAAAACGCACGCCCACGUCCUGUAAACGUUCCUACCAAAAAUGAGCGCGAACAAGCGCGUCGUGCAGCUGUGGCGCUAUCCGCCGUUGCCCUCACGUCUCUGGCGGCGAGUUACUCGACAUCGGCGUCCUCCGAGGCGGCCACAAAGAAGGAAAAACAGAUCAACGAGCCUCACUACCUUUCAACCGCUGAGGAAUUCCUGUACCCACCUAUUCAGCCCUUCAAUACAGGCACACUCCAAGUCUCGCCGCUGCACGAGCUGUAUUAUGAAGAGUGUGGAAACCCGUACGGCAAGCCUGUCAUCAUGGUGCACGGUGGGCCGGGUGCGGGCUGCUCGGACAGCAUGAGACGCUACCACGACCCACGAGUCUACCGCAUCAUCCUGCUGGACCAGCGCGGUUCGGGUCGCAGUAAACCUCACGCAUCCCUGGAGGACAACACGACGUGGCCCUUGGUCGAGGACAUGGAGAAGUUGCGUUGCCACUUAGGCAUUGACAAGUGGCAGGUCUUUGGUGGAUCCUGGGGCAGCACGCUGUCCAUUUCUUACGCUGUAACGCACCCAACGCGAGUCACGGAGCUCGUGCUGCGUGGCAUCUUCCAUUUGCGCAAGCAGGAGAUCGACUUUUACUACCAACACGGCGCGAACUUCAUCUACCCAGACCGUUGGGAGGCAUACCGAGACGCCAUUCCCGAGGAAGAGCGUGGAGAUUUCGUGAAGGCGUAUCACAAACGUCUGACGAGUGACGACCCGAAGGUCCGCAUCCCGGCGGCACUAGCUUGGACCACGUGGGAAAAGACCACGAGCAACUUGAUCCCUCCAUCAAAUGCUGCGGACAAGUCGAUGGACGAAGCGAAGUUCGCGGAGGCGUUUGCUCGCAUUGAGAACCACUACUUCGUCAACAAGGGCUUCUUCCCUAAUGAUGAAUUUCUGAACGAGAAUGCCUACAAGAUUCGUCACAUUCCGACGGUCAUCGUUCAGGGAAGGUGCGAGAACGUAGUCAGAGUGUGUAUGUUGUAUGCGUUUUAA